CCUCCUUAUUACUUCGGAUCCUCCCCCUUGCGGCACCACGCACAGCUUUCGAAAAUCUCUCUCUCUCUCUCUCUCUCAUAUGAACGAGAGAGAUCGUUUUGCUUUACUUCUCUUCCAUUUUCUUGCUUUGCUUUUAUGGCUCUCUUAACUUUCCUACCAGAGAUCACCUCAGAGUCCAAAAAACAACAAUCCAAACGCAAGCAGAAGCAGCAGAAACAACUUGCAUCUUCAUGGGACCAAAUCAAGAACCUCCUCACCUGCAAACAAAUCGAAGGGACACAGGUGCACGACCCAUCAAAGAACGCCACCGUCGCUGGAUACUCGAAGCUAGGGUCUUCUUGCAGCUCCAUAUGUAGCUUCCGGGACGUGGUUCAUGGGAACACUAGGGUUGUUCACAGAGCUGAUAACUCGCCCGAGAGUAGCACAGUCGGUCAGGAAACCGGGCUGCUCAGUCGUCGGAAAGCGGUCACCGGGUCGUCAACUCGUUCUGUAUCAGGUUCAGCUAGAUCCACCUGUGGAUCAGCGUACUCGUCUUCUUCAAGAGGCAUGCAAUUCCGAAAGCUUUCUGGGUGUUACGAGUGUCACAUGAUCGUUGACCCUAGUCGGUACCCAAGACCAAGGACUACUAUCUGUGCUUGCUCUCAAUGCGGGGAGGUCUUUCCGAAGGUUGAAAGCUUGGAGCUUCACCAAGCAGUUCGCCAUGCUGUAUCAGAGCUGGGACCUGAAGAUUCAGGACGAAAUAUCGUGGAGAUUAUCUUCAAAUCAAGCUGGCUCAAAAAGGACAAUCCGUUCUGCAAGAUUGAACGGAUACUGAAGGUCCAAAAUACCCAGAGCACCAUUCAACGGUUCGAGGACUGUCGAGAUGCGGUGAAGACCCGCGCGCUCAGCAACACCAAGAAAAACCCGAGAUGUGCAGCCGACGGGAAUGAACUGUUGCGGUUCCACUGCACCACCAUGUCAUGCGCGCUCGGAGCACGGGGCUCCUCCAACUUGUGCAGCUCCAUACCAGCCUGUGGAGUCUGCACCGUCAUUAGGCACGGAUUUCAAGGCAAGGGCGGUGAGUGCAAGGGAGUGUUGACCACUGCCAGCAGUGGUAGGGCGCACGACUCCAUGCGUUGUACGGACGGUCGAAGGGCCAUCCUGGUGUGUCGCGUGAUUGCUGGUAGAGUGAGACGCGUGGCGGAUGAUGCAGCACCGGCGGAGGAGGACAACAUGUCGAUUGGAUCAUACGAUUCUGUUGCCGGUUGCUCGGGGAUCUACUCCAAUCUGGAGGAGCUUACCGUUUUUAAUGCCAAGGCCAUCCUGCCUUGUUUUGUAGUGAUCUACAAAGCUGUUCAGUAUUGAUUAACUUUAGUUUUUUUCAAGCUGUUUGUUUGUUUUUAAAUCAUAAUUCUCGGUAUUUUUCUCA